GCAGCCCGCGCCCCGCCGGCGGCAGUGGCUCCUCAGGCGCAGCGGGGGCAGGUGCGGGCGCUUCCGCGUCGCGCUGCGAGGAGGAGCAGGACGCGAGGGAGGAGGCGGCGGAGAGCGCGGCCAGCGGCCCGGAGUGCCCGUGGGCGUGAUCCCCGGCGGGGAGCACCGCCCGCCGCCCACAUCCCCGCCGCCGCCGCCGCUAACUUUGCUUCUCCGCAAAGAGCCGCCCUCCGGCACACAGAGGGUCGGCGGAGCCGGGGUCCGAGCCGGCCCCAGCGAUGAAGGGCCGGCGACGGUGGCGAGGCGAACAUCGCCGCUUCGCCGCGGUGCUGGUGCUGUACACGCUGCUGCUGCUCCUGUUGGUGCCCUACGCGCUGGACUACGGGGCCAGGCGCGGGCGAACGGACGAGGAGCCGCUGCUGCGGCGCUGCCCGAGCCUGGAGGAGGCGCUGAGUGAGUGGGGCUGGGAGCAGCGGCCGCCGCUGGACGAGGAAGAGGAGGACGAUGAGGCGGGCACGGCCGGGGCGGCGGGUAACGGCAGCGCGGGGACGGUGGGGAAGCGGCACAUCUACCUGCACGCUACCUGGCGAACGGGCUCCUCUUUCCUCGGGGAGCUCUUCAACCAGCACCCCGACGUCUUCUACCUGUACGAGCCCAUGUGGCACCUUUGGCAGGCGCUCUACCCGGGGGACGCGCUGAGCCUGCAGGGAGCCCUCCGCGACAUGCUGCGCGCCCUCUUCCGAUGCGACUUCUCCGUCCUGCGCCUCUACACCGCCCCGUCCGGCCCCCGCGACCCGCUGGCCCCCGCCCCGCCCGCCGCCGACAACCUCACUACGGCCAGCAUCUUCGGCUGGAGGACCAACAAGGUGAUCUGCUCGCCGCCGCUCUGCCCCGCCGCCCCGCGGCCCCGCGGGGAGAUCGGCCUCGUCGACGGCGCCACCUGCGAGGAGACGUGUCCGCCGCGGGCGCUGCGGGAGCUGGAGGCCGAGUGCCGCAAGUACCCGGUGGUGGUCAUCAAGGACGUGCGGCUGCUGGAGCUGGGCGCGCUGCUGCCGCUGCUGCGGGAGCCCGGCCUCAACCUGCGGGUGGUGCAGCUCUUCCGCGACCCCCGCGCCGUCCACAACUCCCGCCUGAAGGCGCGGCAGGCGCUGCUGCGGGAGAGCGUCCAGGUGCUGCGCAGCCGCCACCGCGCCGAGCCGCGGGGCCCGGCCCGCCACCAGCAGCAGCAUCUCCUGCUGCCGCCCGGGCUGCUGGGCGGAGGGCGGCCGCCGCAGCCGCAGCACCGCGCCGAGUUCUUCCUCGGCGGCGCGCUGGAGGUGAUCUGCCAGUCGUGGCUCCGCGAUCUCCUGCUGGCCCGGCGCGCCCCGGACUGGCUCCGCCGCCGCUACACGCAGCUCCGCUACGAGGACCUGGUGCGGGAGCCCCGCGCCGAGCUGCGCCGCCUGCUGCGCUUCGCCGGGCUGACCGUGCCGCCGGCCCUGGAGGACUUCGUGGUCAACAUGACCCGCGGCGCCGCCUACUCCUCCGACCGGCCCUUCCUCAUCUCCGCCCGCGACGCGCGGGAGGCCGUGCACGCCUGGCGGGAGCGCCUCAGCCGCCAGCAGGUGCGGCAGGUGGAGGCGGCGUGCGGAGAGGCCAUGAGCAUCCUCGCCUACCCCCUCAGCGCCGGCGAUGCCCGGUAGCGCCCGAGCCGCACGCCCCGGACGGGCCCGAGGGCGGACGGACGGACGGGCGCCGUCGGGCGGAGCUGAGCGCGGGGGUCUCCGCUGGCAUGGUAGGCGGGGAGCUCCCUGGGGGCAGCCCCGGCUGAGGGACACCUGCCUCGCCUCCGGUACGGGCAGCGCUGCAGGGUGCGGGCCCCCCGUGCCGCUGUGGCUUUGUUUUCCUUCUGGAGAGGGCGGGGGAUGUUACAUUUACGAGAAGGGUUUGGUAAGGGGUGUCCUCCGAGUACGGCAUCACUCUUGGAGCCUUUUAGCUUGAAAUUGUGAUCGUGUACAAAGAACAGGUAUGCUACAAACAAACUGCAUGAAAAUUUAAAAAUCCCCCAGGUGAAGACUCUCAGCAAGGAACUAGAGGGCCUGGAAGGUGCUCCUGUGGGAGCAUUGCCCUUCUGGAUCACACUGACCUCUGUCCUUCUGCUACUGAAAUACAAGAGGCUUCUGUGAAGUCGCUGCAGGGGUCAGGGGGCCUGGGCAGCAGGAGGAGGGUGCCUGCCGCAGGGCAGGACUCAGCUCUCCUGCCCCAAACCUGCUCGGCAGGGAUGGGCUCUGCCCCUGCUCAGUGCUGCUGCUGUAGGGAGGGGCUGAGGGAAGGGGAGCCCUGGCCAGCUCUGUCCCUCGUUCUGAGCAGCAGGGUAAGCGGUGCAGGGAGGGUGAGCACCCACCUGCUUAUGUGUUUUGAGGAUGUCUGUGGCAGGAAUCUUUGCUUUUCUAAAGAAAUCUGUAAUUGUUUUGAAAGUAGGAUUUUUUAAAACAUACAUACAUUGAUAUAGUUUGGUGAUACUUGUGUGAGAUACAGGUGACUGACAUGUUUCUUUGGAACACGUGUAGGGGUGAAUGAAACUGGAAGGCAAAUGUUCGACAAAUAUUUCCGUUUUGUUUUCUCUCUCAGAUGAGAGAAUCACUUUUCUUCUCUUGCUUCCGGGCUGACACAUUGUGCCGUGCACAGGGUCCUCCUGAUCACAUCCUUCCAAACAAUAACAUCCUCUCAGCUGGCAACUCCUGGGCAAAAACAAGUGUUUCCUAAGAGGCUAAGACCAAUUAAUCAUGAAGUUCCCUAAUAAAAUCUUACAUUAAAAAAGCAAACAAACAAACAAAAAACCCCUGAAGUUUUAUUUUGGAUUUUAAAAUGACAUGUUCCUGCGGAUAUCCUACAACUUCUGUAAGAAGAGGGUGUGUGUGUAUCUGCAAUUACCUUUGUUUAUUAAUUUCUUGAUGUGGGGAUAAAAGGUUCAGUUGUAAUUUAGGGAUGCAGUUUCAUAAUUUCAUAGAGACUGCUUUUGAAUCUGUUACAGUCUGGUAGUCUUUAAAUGGCUCCAUGAGAGUGUACAGGAUUAUAGGGAUGUUUACAUGCAGUCCUCAACUACAAACCCAGAAUAUGAGUUUCAAAUUGAGGAUAAUCCAGGAUGAGGAAGAAAGCAGUGUUUAGAUAAAGUGCUGAAAAUAAAGGCAGUUCAAAGA